AUGAGGCGGAAGUGGAACUUGUUCAACACGGACAAACGUGAGAAGGCUUGGACAGCCAGCGGCGUGUAUGAGAGUCUCAUCUUCGCGCCUCACGAAUGGCUUGUCAAGCUUCUUGCGCGUCCUAACUUCUCCGACACUGUACCAGCAUACUACCUAGAUCCCUAUAAGAGCGACAAGGACGAACUUGGAGCUCUCGCACGGCUGCCCGAAGAGCUUCUCAUCUAUAUAGUCUCCCUCACUUCGCUCGACGACGCUGCUUGUCUUGCCUCCACCCAUCGCCUCCUCGCCCUUGAGGGGUUCUUCCACGUCCGCAAAUUACAACGCCGCAAAUGUGCGCAUUGGGGUAGCUGGGCAGGCGACCGGAUCGUCACAGUUGGGGACUCUGCGAGCGUCUUACCCCCAGGCAUUCUUUCGCCCGAAGAAGAAGCAGAGACGGAGGGCCAUUUCUUCAACUUCGCGUGGGAUCGCUAUGAGCGGCGGCCCACAACAGACGGCAUGGCGCUUAACUGCGCAGGAGACGAGGCGGGUGUCCCUCAUGCCGCUCUGAAGCGCCUAUCGCGACAUGAACGUGGCGACCACAUACGCAUACGACUCCUACUCAAGUCCACUCGCCCGCGUUACACUAGCACGGGCUCUUGGGCUUUGUGUAACGUCGAUCGCAAGCAAUACGUCCGGGCGAACGUGCUCGCCGAUAUGAAGAUGCGAGGAUACUGGCCACACGCAGGCUGGGCCGAAGGUCCAUUUGUCAGGCGAACGUCGCGAGUCAUCGACCUCGGAGGGCUUGCGUUGAUCAUGACGGCUGGGUCAGAGGACAUAGGAGCGACUGGGUCGGUGCCACCGUGGGCGGGUGACCGUCUGACUGUCACUACGGUCGGGGAUCUUUCCGAACCCGGGUGGGAGGACGUGUCUUCGACAGGAAGAAGCAUGGCCGAAGAUUGCAUUAUCGCUGAUGAUGGGAUGAUGUGGAAGCCCUGGCAGUCUGUAGAAGACAGUGACAGCGGAUUUUGA